UUAAACAGCUGGUGGGGGCUCAUGUGAGGGGCUCGAGCCGAGCAGUUGGUUGGUUGAUGGGGGAAACAACAACAAGCUAGGCAUCAUGAGGGUCCCUGAAAUGCUGAUUUGGAUCGCUUUUCUCAUCCAGAAGGUGGUGGGAGAGUAUGGCAUGGCCCAUUUCAGUGACAAGGGCAAGAGCAAUGGAAAGGAUUACUGUAUAUUCUUCAACUCACAGUGGGCACGUCUACCUCAGGACCUCAAUAAGGCAUCACGUCUUCAGAUCUAUGAUCUGACAACAUCGGUACUGUGCUCGCCUUCUGAUGUCCCGGAUGGAGGCUUCCCUAAUCGCAUCCCCAUGGUGAUGAGAGGCAACUGCACUUUCUAUGAAAAAGUCCGACUGGCCCAGCUUAACGGCGCCAAGGGCCUGCUCAUUGUCAGCAAGGACAGACUGACACCACCAGCAGGAAACAAGACUCAGUAUGAGGAGAUUGACAUUCCCGUAGCACUGCUCAGCUACUCUGAUAUGCUGGACAUAAGCAAGACCUUUGGUAAAGGAAGACUGGUUGCUAUGUAUGCACCCAAUGAGCCGGUACUGGACUACAACAUGGUGAUCAUCUUUUUGAUGGCAGUGGGAACAGUUGCCAUUGGAGGUUACUGGGCCGGCAGCAAAGACAGCAAAAAACGCUACAUGAAGCACAAGCGGGACGACGGUGUGGAGAAGCAGGACGAGGAGACGGUAGACGUCACCCCCAUCAUGAUCUGUGUGUUCGUGGUCAUGUGCUGCAGCAUGCUGGUGCUACUCUACUUUUUCUAUGACCACCUGGCCAUUUGGGUCAUAGCCAUCUUCUGUGUGGCCUCCUCUGUCGGCCUCCACAGCUGUCUGUGGCCUUUUGUCCGGAGACUCCCUUUCUGCAAGUGCAGGGUCCCAGAGAACAACUUGCCGUACUUGCACAAACGGCCGCAGAUCCGCAUGUUGCUGCUGUCGGCCUUCUGCAUCGGCGUCAGCAUCACCUGGACGGUGUUUCGCAAUGAAGACCAGUGGGCGUGGGUGUUACAGGACGCCCUGGGGAUCGCCUUCUGUCUCUACAUGCUCAAAACAGUCAGACUCCCCACAUUUAAGGCUUGCACCUUACUACUGUCGGUCCUUUUUGUCUACGAUGUUUUCUUCGUAUUUAUUACACCGUUCUUUACAAAGAGUGGGGAAAGUAUAAUGGUGGAGGUAGCGGCUGGUCCCUCUGACUCCUCCACACAUGAAAAGCUUCCCAUGGUGCUCAAAGUGCCAAGGUUAAACUCCUCUCCCCUGGCUCUUUGUGACCGGCCCUUCUCCCUCCUGGGCUUUGGCGAUAUCUUAGUACCAGGUCUGCUGGUGGCGUACUGUCACAGGUUUGACAUUUUAACGCAGUCCUCCAGGAUCUACUUUGUGGCCUGUACGAUCGCUUACGGCAUCGGCCUGCUGAUCACCUUCGUGGCCCUGGCCGUGAUGCAGAUGGGUCAGCCAGCCUUGCUCUACCUGGUGCCUUGCACUCUGCUCACCAGCCUCACGGUAGCGCUGUGGCGCAAGGAGUUGCCCCAGUUCUGGACUGGAAGUGGAUUUGUGCCUGCCAUAGUGCUCGCACCGAUCAACUGUACAAAAACUGCAGCUCCGCAGAUCGAUGGGCCCUCAACUAAACCAGAGCUACAAACCACAGAAGCUACCAAUCAGAGUGGAGACUCACUCCAGCACCCGCCUCAGGAAACGCCCCCAGCUGAGAAAGAUGAAGGGGAAAACAAAUCUAACUAAAAGGACGUCUAGUACGGCAUUUAACAUUUCACUUCAUGUUUUAUUUGUUGUUGAAGUUUUUUUUCUACAUUGUGUCUCAGUCAAUGGACAUUUAAGUAUGGAUGUUUAUUUGCACUUGGUGCAAAGGGAAGAGCAGAGGAGAUCUGCAUUUUCUGAAUGGGUGGCUGAGCGGGGAAACCAGGAUUGGACACACAAGAUCGAGGCAUUGAAACAGACAAACACACCAAGUAUAAAACCUUCACAGCUGCCCCAACACCUUCUUCUACUAACAUACAAUUUGUACCACCUCUAAAGGGAAUGAAAAGACAUAUCUGGAAACUACACAAGCUGUUCAACACUAAAUACUCUCAAGGCACUAAACUGAAGCUGAACAGCCCUAAAGGCCCAGUCACACCACUGUUUAAAAUGGCAAAAAUUUGCGGCACAAUCACUUUAUUUCAAUGGAAUCACUGCGAUUAGUGGAUUUGUUCACAGGGGCGAGGUAAAUCCAAGAUAUUUUUUUCAACUUUGGUGAACUUUGAACUAUCAUAACCAAGCCGAGCCGCCCACUUUGAGCUUCCAACGGCUCUUCAGAAACCUAUGGGUGAUGUCACAGACACUAAGUCCAUGUUAUAUACAAUCUAUGAUCAUAACUUAUUAGCGGUGUUGCUUCAUCCAAAACGAUUAAAUCGAGAAUCUGCAAUCUGAUAAUCAGCAGAUUAAUCGAAAAUUUAAAUAAUCGUUAGUUGCAACUCUACAGUAAUGAGACUGGAGUCAACGGUACAACUGCGAAUUUUGAAUCAACUAUGAACUUACUGUCCCGUUAGCAAACAAGCUUGCUAACUGAGAGCUUAUUUCCCUCUGAACUCUAACAAAUAAAAUGUUGUACAAUCAUGAGAACAAAAUGCCAGGAGAGUGUUAGCAGCCCAUUAAAAUAGGACAAAAAGUUUAGAGAUCAAUUGUGACUGACUAGCGUUAACAUGUUUUGGGCUGGCUAGUUUGUUAGCAGUUAGUUCACCAGCUACAGUUUACCAACUAGCCCUGCAAGUUGUCGCAAUGACACCAAGUCCAAAUAUUUCGCUGUGCCACUUUCUGGUGUGACAGGGCCUUAAAGGUCUGCGUAUGCUUGAAUUUAACUUGUUCGUAAGAGACGUGUUGUCUGACCACGUCUAAAGGCAAAUGUGUCUAUAGCUGUUCCAAAUAGCUACAAUCGAAGGCGGAGUAAAAAGCCUGCUGUCAUAGAGAGGGAUGAGAUGCAAUGAAGCACACAAAUAGAGAAAACGCUUUGACCCAAGCUCUCUUCGAAGGCGUUUAAGUUGUGGCACAAGUUGUGUGUGAUUGUGCAAGGGAAGCGUGAAAAUUACAAAAAUUGUUGGACACAGCGCCCCCUAUUCCAAUAUUGGGAAGGUGCAGGAGAAGGCAGGUUUAACACGCUGUCCAGUACCAAUAAGCACUUCAUUUGAAGCUUACCGAGACCCUUAUUCUCAAAAGCGUGCACACGCACACACACACACACACACAAAGCCACAUCAACUGUCUUUAUCCCUCCAUUACAGUAUAAACUACACCAGAGUCAGAAUAUAAAGUACAGCAGUGAAGAGUUUCACACCCUUUAAAUGUGCUGCUAUCAUGGUUGUUGACUGAGCCAAAACUAUUAGAUUUUUUAAAAUUUGUUUUUACUGAAGCAUUUUUCUCAUCUUACUUUUGGUCUAUUUUGUUUUGCAUGCUAUUAUUUUGAUUUUACCCUUUUAUAUAAAAAAAAAUCUGAAACCAGUGUGUAAUCUAUAGUGCAGACUUUGUAUACUUUAUUGGUGGUGCGACACUUAAAAAACGUUGGCCGCCACAGAUUUGUUCCCUCAGUAGUUACUCAUACUGUCGUAAGAAUUGGUUUUGGCCUUUAAUGUGUCCAUGUUGGGAGAUAACAGCAGAAUGUGUCAUGUGUAAAAAUUGCUUUAUGAAAAACACAAGUACUGUACUCUAAAUGAUGAUGUGCUGCAGUCUAAUGUAUGAGCUGAGGAGCGAGUGACAGGUUGUUACCAAUGUUUAUAGAUUAGUUUGUAUGAAGCAUUUGCACAAUAUUUUUGAAUUCAUGGGCUGACAGAAGUUGUUGUUUCGUGUCUGUAUAUGUUUAUGUAUACUCAAAGGGUUUAAAGAAACGGAAACCAAGGUAUUGAUAUAUAUCCAAUAUUCAUCCCGCUUUUGUUUUGCAAGUCCAUUUCUGACCUGAAGGUGUCAUCUUAAAACAUCAGAGCCCCGCAGUCACUUCACUCUGUACACCAGUAAAGAGAUUUCUGAUUCUCAUUCAUUUAUGAUGCCUAUUAACCAAGUUCAACGUUUCUGUGUAGAAGUUGAGGUCAAAAGGUAAAAAUAAUUUGGUCAGAGGUGAAAUGAGAGCAGUUGAGGUGUCUGGAUGUGUGCAGCUCGCUGAUUUCCAGGACAUGAGAUUAUUUAUUCACAAGUAUAGUUUGUUGUCACCAUGUGGUUUUUAAUGCCUCUGUUGAGGAGUACAUAUAAUAAAGAAACAUUGUAUCAGA